CAGUCCUCUCUCACGUCCGCAGUCACGUAAUAAAUGUUGGCUGCCGGAGUCAAGAAAGUCACAUUUCUCAAAGUGGCUCGCAAUUGCACCAAACAAAGAUGUCAGGACGAGGCAAAGGCGGCAAAGGUUUAGGGAAAGGGGGCGCCAAGCGUCACCGUAAAGUUCUUCGUGAUAACAUCCAGGGCAUUACCAAGCCCGCCAUUCGCCGUCUGGCUCGUCGCGGAGGAGUCAAGCGUAUUUCCGGCUUGAUUUACGAGGAGACCCGCGGUGUGCUGAAGGUGUUCCUGGAGAACGUUAUUCGUGAUGCAGUCACCUACACCGAGCACGCUAAAAGGAAGACUGUGACCGCCAUGGAUGUAGUCUACGCACUCAAGAGACAAGGACGUACUCUGUAUGGCUUCGGUGGAUAGACUACUACACUCACAACUCUCCCAAAACGGCCUUUUUAAGGGCCACUCAACACUUCUAUGAGCUUAUAUUCCAAGUUCAUAUUUGAAUACACAAUAUAUAUACCAAUAUAAGGCUAACAUGAAUGCUCACCUAGCAGAAAAACGCCAGAAAUCCAUGCAGUGGUACACACGUGGCCUGACCAUAUGCAAGCCUGGCAGCCCUCACCAGUGGCCGCCAUGACGCCACGACUGUCGUAAAACUGUCGUAAAUUUAAAUGAUACGUGUGUGAAAUUAAUGAGUAUAAUAACACUGAAAUGGUAUAGCAAACAGUGGCAUUAACCCUUGAGCAUUGUAUAUGGAAAAAUAACAUACGGGUUUCACAAACCAAUCCAGUAAUAUUGUAUGUUAAUCUCCACUAGUAAGCGUCAUUGGUAUUUGUCAGGGAGGGCAUCCGGAAUUUAAAGGGCUCAAGACAAAUAUAGAUAACCAGGAAAAGCCGAAAGAAACAAAAUAUACAGCAUUUUUUUCUAAUUCUGCUAACAAAUAAACACAAAACCAACAGAAUCUAACCCUUUAAAAUGUCUACAUCCACGUCUGUCCUGUCUUCACUAUGAAUUCCUCACAAUGCGUCUGGUCUUCCUCAGGUCCUUUCCUCCUCUGGUGCUCCUGACAGAGAGGUUGCUUUGCUGCCAUCCUCCCUGACACCUUUGGGCACUAAAGAGGGACACACACAAAAUAUGUAUAAAAAAUGUAUAAUUACAUUAUCAUAUGUCAACAAAAAGUUGCUCUCCAUCAUGGAGAAUUUAACAUCUGAGUGGUCUACUGAUAUGACACACACCUUGUGCGAAGUGCAGCUUCAUGGCAGGGCUUGGUACUCCUGUACUGCAUCCAUCCACACACCAGCUCGUGCACGAU